AUGGAGGGCCGUAAGACUUCUGAGAAGGCGCGCGAUAGCCCAAUCGUAGUCCGCCAUACACCCAAGAAGACAAAUCAGCCGCCGAUGAAGCUCGAAGUUGGCCAGGGUGCGUUCUAUUUUUCCAUUGAACUACCACCCAGUAAAAUCACAAGCAAGAGGAGCGGGACGACGAGUAAGAGUGGGACGCCCAAAGGAGAAGAGACGCCCACGAGGACGCGGACGCCUAGCCCGUUAAAGAAUGCGAGUCCGACGAAAGAAGACGCAGCAGGUACGCCCACAAGGACGACACGCAACCCGCUGAAGCGAAGGGAAACGAUCCACCAGAGCCCAGCAAGACCUUUGUUUGGUACACCAACGAAGAUGACGCCCAAGCAAAACCCGGAUCCGCAAACUCCCACUCGAAGAACGCCCAGUCCACAAAAGACGUACAGCUCAGUGAAUCAGAGCCCUGCCAGGAUAGCUGUAGGGACGCCAAGGAGGAAAGUUCUGGGUGAUACGCCUGGUAGCAACCGACCUGGAAGUCCGGUCAAGCGAUCGAUCGAGGAGGACGACUCGCCUACAAAUCCAAUCAAGACAUCUUCCCUGUUGACGAACAAAGUUCAAACAAACCCGAAAGAAACAUCCAGGAAACCGAUUGGAGGCCUAACCAGUGUGGAUGAUGUACAUGUUCCAAACCCAAACCUGAUCGCAACUGCCUUCACCAGCCCACCACCCCCACAUCCUGAAUCCACAGAGCAGGCACCAACCCCAAAAGCCAGCCCAGAGAACAUCGGACAGCUCAUGGCCAGCCUGAUAUGCGACAAUACCAGCACUCAUGACUGGACGUCUUCUCACCACGAUAACGAAAUAGCCUCACCCAUACCGACACCCUUGCGUAGGGCUGGAGAGAAGCUCAAACUAGGAGAGUCGCCCUCUUUCCUGCGCAUGUCACCCAAUGGGACCACUACCGUCACAAGCGAUGACCCUGCUGCUGAUAUCAUCAGAAAAGGAUCUUUGUUUCGGCACGAACCUGCGUCAACUGAACCACAAGAAGACCGAAGCAAGUCGAUUGAACGCCUAUCGCCUAGACUUCCGGAGGAAGCCUCGUCAUCUUCAAUCACAGAAGAUCAGGUGGCCAGGCUUGAUCAUACUGGAACCACGCCACAAGAAUUGCAAUCUGCCUUUCCAUUACGUCAAGCUGAUCCGGGAUCCUCGAGUGCAAUAAACGCGAUGCGCAGGUCACCAGCCCCACCACGUCGCUCACUUUCAUACUCAGAGCAGAGGUCAGAAACGCACCAGAAAGAAUCGUCUCAACAGGAAUACCAAGCCAGAGGGCAUGGAAUAGACAACAGCCUACCAAAAUCUUUCCUACCCGUGCCUGCAAGCCAUCAGAGACGGGUGGGCACUGACCCAAGCGUGCUUUUGAAGACGCAGAAAGAUACGGUAAAUUUGGAAGCGACUAUGUGCCGUUCGGCAGGGGUUGUCGACACAGACUUUUGCGGACCUCUGCACCUGAACGAACUUUCUGAUAUGCCAAAAAGCCUAUUCGUCAGGGACCAACAGGACAUCGGAAGCCCAGGCGCCGAGGGCACACCAGAGACUCUCAGUAGAGCCGACUCUGGCACCUCCUCGCUUCAGGCAGUGCAAGCAGAUGGCGAGAAGGGUAUUGAAAGACCAACAGCGACACGAAGAGUAUCAAGUGCGCCACGCAUACCCCGGUGGAAACCUGUUGGUGCAACGCCGGCACUGGCGAAGGAUGAUUGCGUUGCUGCAGCCAAGCGAAAGGACUCUCAGAGUAAAGGUGCAGACAAAACGGUGGCUGCGGGAAGAGCUCGUCCUCGUGCAGGGAGUGCAGUAUCAAGACCAACUAAGUCUGGUACAGUGGCUAGCACGGCUCGUCGUAAGACGCUGGCGACGCCUGUCAAACCGACAUUACCUGUUGAAGCUACAAGCCAUAGCUCACCUCACAGCCGGAUACCAUCUCUCACGUCUACUAAUACAAAAAGCCCCAUACCACCCGUACCAAAAAUUCCACGAAAGCCUCUUCCUGGAACUUCGGGUCCCGGUAAGGCCGUUGCAACGCUGAAAGAACGUUUACCAAAUGUACCAUCUGCACCCAUCAAUCCUCGCCCUGUCCCCACCCGGAAGCCUCUUCGCCCAUCCGCUAUAGAACCAUACAACCCAUCAGCGGACCCGCGACCGUACGAACAGAAGUUUGCCAGUGCAGGAGACAUCGCCGACCGCCUCGCGGGAUGGCAUAACGAAAACCGGAAGAAGGCUGAGGCAGAUCGUGCCAAAGUCCCAACUAGACCAGUCAACAAGACUCCUGCGAGAACCCCACUGAGAGCCCAGCCAAUUGACUCGACCACACCAGACGGCUCCCCUGACAAGAACCUCAUUCUCCUCAUGGAGACUCCGGCAUCCACUGAACCCCUCUCUCCCACUAAAGAUGCAAAGUCAAGGCCGUUCUCCACUAAGCCUCCGCCGCCAACAACACCCAAAGCCAAGACCCGCGCCCCAGCACCAGCACCAAAAACUCCAAUCCCCAAAACUCCAGCACUAGGCGCCCGCAAAGCUGCUGUCAAUGACCUGAGGCAGCCCAUCAUGGCUGGCGCUCCUAAAACCCCGGUGAAUCGCCGUAUGACAGUCCUCGAUCGUAACGCAACGCGUACACCAAGCAAAGAUAUCGUGAGCAGCCUAGAUGCCGCCAUCGACAGGAAGAUUGCGGAGGAUGCAAGGAGGGGACUAGAGUUCACCCCUGGUGGAAACAGACUGAGGGAUCUGUUGAACGCGAGGGACGGCUACUUGGUUGAAUGA